UCUCGGCUCUGACAACCUCCUCCUGCUCUCCUAGAACGUCCCCUUCGCCCAGGCCCCGCCCCCACCCACCGCUCUAGCCUCCGCUCCUCUCGUUGGUUCGCGCCAGGCCAGUGCUGGGAAGAGGCCGGAGGCUCGGCGGCAGCUGGCGGGUGGCUGGGUGGUGGGCGACGCCAGACUACAGCUCGCCACUGCGGUGCGGCCUCGCCGCUCAGCCACUGCUGAGGGCCUGCGCUGUAGCUCCUUCCAAGCCAGGUCCUGAAAACGGCGCCUCCCAGAGCGCAGAAACCAGGCCGAGUGGGCCUGCGCGCAACUCUCCCCGAGGUCGGCUCCCCCCCUCCCCCGCUUGGAUUCCAGGGCCCCAGAACUCACGCCCACCCAGAGGCGGCAUGGCCCCCAAGCUGUGGAGUGAGUGGAGCACGACCCUGUCCCACCUAGCGCUGGGAGUGGUGUCUCUGCACGCAGCGGUGAGCACUGCGCAGGCAAGUCGAGGGGCCGCCGCUGGCUUCCUGCUCCAGGCCUUGGCCUCUGCCACCUUGCUGGCCCCAGGGCUGGGCACAGAUGAAGACUGUCUUGCUGGAGUCUGGGUGGCCACUGUCAUCGGCCUGCCACUUCUGGCCUUCGAUUUCCACUGGGUGAAUGGGGACCGCUCCUCUGCCAACCUGCUCCUGGGAGGAGGAAUGGUGCUGGCAGUGGCUGGUGACCACCUUGGUGCUGAAGGCCGCUCUGUGGCUGCUCAGGCAGUGGUACUGGUGGUUGCAGUGACCAUCCUCAUUGUGGCUGUUUUCACGACCAACACUUAUGGAAUGUGGGGGGGUGCGAUGUUGGGGGCUGCAGGCCUCCUGAGCCGGCUGGAGGAGGACAAAGUUCUGCUGCUUCCAAAGGAGGACGUCUGUCGCUGUGCUCUGGCUGCAGGCAGUUGGGCCUACCACCGAGCCCUGCACACACAGCGCCUGCAGUGGGAGUGAUGCUUGCAGACAGCAAGGUGGGGCUUCUGCCUUGGCUACCACCUCCCCCUCCCACAGGCCUGCUCCUGCGGGCCUCCUUCCCUAAAGAUGGACUCUCUUGCCUCCCAAAGAGCACUUGCUGCACAGUGAUGGAUGCCUCAUUAAGGAGACAAAGUCUGGGCACUGCCCCUCCUCUGACUGAGUUUGGGGACUCACCUAGACCAGAAUUAAAGAGAUGGGCCCUUAGGCACGUUUUGGGGCCUGAUAUUGGGCAGGCCAUGGUUUUGGAUUCAGAGAGAGGCUUGGUCUCCAAUAAACCUUAGGGAUUCA